GUGACCUCAUAGAUGAGUUCCAGUUGAAUGGCUGUUGAAACCCCAUAGAUGUGGUAUGAAAUGCAGCAGAGCCAUGGUGGAUGUAGGAAAGUGGCCAAUAUUUACACUGCUUUCGCCUCAGGAAGUAGCCACUAUCCGAAAAGCAUGCGUGUUUGGAACGUCUGCCAACGAAGCUAUAUACAUCACCCACAAUGACGAGGUAUUUGUCUUUGGACUAAACUGUAGUAAUUGCCUGGGGACUGGAGAUAACCAAAGCACCAUUGUCCCAAAGAAACUUGAUGUUCUGUGUGGAAAGAAGAUUCGCAGCCUCAGUUACGGAAGUGGACCUCAUGUGAUACUUAGUACAGAAGAUGGCGAAGUGUAUGCUUGGGGGCACAAUGGAUACAGCCAGCUUGGAAAUGGCACCACCAACCAGGGCGUUGCUCCUAUCCAAGUCUGUACCAACUUGCUAAUUAAGAGAAUAAUCGAAGUUGCUUGUGGCUCCCAUCACUCUAUGGUCCUGUCAUCCGAUGGAGAUGUGUACGCCUGGGGCUACAAUAACUGUGGCCAAGUGGGAUCGGGCUCCACCGCCAACCAGUCAACUCCUCGCAAAGUCUCCAACUGCCUGCAGACCAAAGUGGUGGUCAGCAUUGCUUGUGGCCAGACCUCUUCCAUGGCAGUCGUAGACAACGGCGAGGUAUACGGCUGGGGUUAUAAUGGCAACGGCCAGCUGGGUCUGGGGAACAAUGGCAAUCAGCUAACUCCAUGCCGGGUGGCGGCGCUUCAAGGGAUGUGCGUAAUGCAGAUUGCUUGUGGCUAUGCACACACGCUGGCGCUCACGGACGAGGGUUUGCUUUACACCUGGGGAGCGAACACUUACGGGCAACUGGGGACAGGCAACAAGAGCAACCAGCUGAGCCCAGUGCAGAUCAUGAUGGAGAAGGAGAGGGUCGUAGAGAUCGCGGCCUGCCACUCGGCUCACACAUCUGCUGCCAAGACGCAAAGCGGCCAGGUGUACAUGUGGGGCCAGUGCCGGGGACAGUCGGUGGUCCUCCCCCACGCCACCCAUUUCUCAUGCACAGAUGACGUCUUUGCCUGCUUUUCCACCCCUGCUGUGAUGUGGCGCCUUCUUUCGUUAGAGCAUGAGGACUAUUUAACAGUAGCAGAGUCUCUGAAAAGAGAGUUCGAUAGUCCAGAAACUGCAGAUCUGAAGUUCAGAGUGGAUGGGAAGUUCAUCUAUGUGCACAAAGCCGUUCUGAAAAUCAGAUGCGAGCACUUCCGCACCAUGUUCCAGUCUUACUGGAAUGAAGACAUGAAGGAGGUGAUAGAAAUAGACCAGUUUUCCUACCCGGUGUACCGUGCCUUUCUUGAGUACCUGUAUACAGACAGCGUUGAUCUGCCACCUGAAGACGCUAUAGGGCUUCUGGACUUGGCUACUUCCUAUUGCGAGAACAGGCUGAAGAAACUGUGCCAGCAUCUUAUCAAAAGAGGGAUCACGGUGGAAAACGCCUUUUCGCUGCUGUCUGCUGCCGUCCGCUACGACGCAGAGGACUUAGAAGAAUUCUGCUUUAAGUUUUGUGUCAAUCAUUUGACCGAAGUCACCCAGACCACAGCCUUUUGGCAAAUGGAUGGGUCUCUGCUAAAGGAAUUCAUUGCUAAAGCCAGUAAAUGCGGAGCCUUUAAGAACUGAGAAACGUAGCUCUUGUCUUGGUAUGGGAUGGCGCGGCUGUAGCUGGUACGGUGACUUCAUACACUGGCGUGCCUGCGCAGAACAUGAAAUUUUCUCUUGCCUUGUAUCAGUGAGUUACAAGACGUCAAAUUAAAAAGCCCCCCCCCCACUCUUCCCCUAACGGUGAUUUGAGAGGAUCUUCCAACGAAAGCAGCGAAGACUGGACAGCCCUAGCUGUUAGGGCGCUUCUUUUCUCUUGAGCAAACAAAAGAUAUUAGCAGGAACUGCCGGUGCAAGAUCUUCACAGGGACUAGUCUUCUGGGACUACACGUUGGGCUUGCUCAGCGUAGCCUAUUGAAACUGGCAGAUAAACUUCUGGGGGGGGGACGCUUGUGUAUUUGUUGGCCCCAUGAGCAUCUGGUGCAAACAUGCAUCGCCAAAUGGAAUUAAGAGGAAGGGACAAGUUUUUAUUUUUUUUGCCUUGUGUGUAAAAUGCAAAUGUACCACCUUCCAGCUUCACUUGUGUAUUUGAAGGUAGCUGCUGGAACAGACUUGUAUAUAUUGAUAUCUGAGGUGUGGGGAGGGGGCGGAAAUGUGUUAUUUUGUCUCAGUUGAUCUUUGUAAUUUAAAAAAAAAAAGAGAGAGACCUGGGCAAGUUCUACUUCAUUGUUUCCUAAUUAACUUGAAUGUGCCACUUUUCUCCCUCCCCCACCAUAUAAUCUGUUAAAUUAUACAUUGGACUGGGAACAAUUACAGCCCUAUUUUGGGGGGCUGAAAAGGGUGUAGAGAAGCUGAUAACUGGGCAAAUGCUCUGUACUGAAAUUGUGUGUGAGUUCCUCGUAAUAAAAACAGGUUUUGCAAA